ACCCCACAAUAGAGGUUGCCAGGAACGUCUAAAGUUGCAUUGACCCUAAUUGAGGGAUAGUGGCUAUCAAAGAGGCUGGGGAUUGGGGGCAUCAAACGGCAGUCCCGACCCCACCUCUGAGGUUUCCAGCGUCUUCUAGGGGCGCCAACAACAUCGAAGGUGCGGUCGAGGUAAGGGUCACUGGCCAAUAGCCCUACCCCCUCCUCCCAGGGGAAUCAUUAAUAGUAACGGCUACUCCUACUUUUUUUCACUUCGCAUAUGGGCUUUGUAUUUUGUAGAAUCUGUACGAUGCUCUUGAAUGCAAUCAUUCAAACUGAAUUGGCAUUUCUCAGAUCAAGUUAGGCCUCUUCCGCUGAGCUGGCCACAGGAGCCUGAAUGCGCUAGCAAUCGGCACAUAAGGGAGUGGCUGCUUGGGUUUCUCGGCCUAAUAUCUUGUACCUCGCUUUAAAUGAUAUCUACGUUCAAUUGUGGCCCGGAGACACGGUCGAAACAUGCCCGAUGUGCUUCUUUCACGACAUGUCAAGUGAUGCACUAAAAAGAAAAAGGGAAAAAAAAUGUUUUGCGGGGCAAAAUCCUCAGCUUGAUAGAUUAGGGGUUCAAACCUAUUUCACCCUUAAAAAGUGGGGGCUCCGUUCAGUUGAAACCAAAUACAAUAAGGCAAUUUACCAAAAAAGAAUACCAUAAGGCAAACUGAAAAAGAAAAUUUCCGAUUUUGCCCUUCUAAAUUCUAUUCAUCAGUCUAAUGAAAUUAUUCAUCCAAAAAUCAGUCUAAUGAUGUCAAUAUAUUAGUAGCUCUUUUUUUUUGGCGUAUGGAAAUUCAAUGUAUUUUUUUCAUUAGCAAGACUCGAACAUGAGCCAUUAUUUAAGGGGAACAAGCGCCUGACCACUUGAAUCAAUUCAUAUCAGAAACAUAUUAAUAGCUUUUAAUUAUCUUAUUAAAUUAUUACUUAUUUUCCUACCUUUAAGCGAUGUCUCACUUAAAGUCGGUCAAUUUGAUGGCAAUUAGCCCUUAAAAGUUUACCGGAGUAGAAACUCAAAAAUCUUUGGCCAUCAAAAACCGAGCUUCAAUGGGCAAAGUCGUAAUGGAAUCUAACUUUUAGGGGAGAUCGCUACUUCGGCCAAAAUAUGAGGGCGUUUUUGCAAUUGCCUCCAAAAGUCCUCCUUUCUUUCUGUGUGUGUGGAGCUGUCUGAUGAAAUCCUGACGAAAAUGUCUAGAAUUCCCAUUUUUUUUUCACUUAAAAGAGUUUGAUGUGUGUGUUUUUGUGUAAUUUCAUUUUUCAUGUGUGAAUACUGAAGAUUGAUUGCUCAGUGCAAUUUAUAAUUGAAAUCUUGAUCUGAUAGGAGAAUUUAUACUCGGGAUGGAUACAAACCCCACAGUGGUUCAAGCUAAACGUGUGAAGUUAGAUGAAAUCCAGUGCUCCGAUCGGUUAUCUAAUUUGCCAGACGCAGUUCUUCUCUGCAUUCUGGCUCUUCUUCCGACGAGAGAUGCGGUUGCAACGAGCAUCUUGUCAAAAAAAUGGAAGCAUCUAUGGGCAUUCGUUCCCUAUCUUCGACUCGAUGAGUUUGAAUUUCAUGAAAGGUCAGAGUUCAUGGACUUUUUGGAAAGGGCACUUGCUCUUCGCAGCGUGUCGUCUUUGAAAGGAUUGACUCUCUCAUGUAAGGUCUUGGACGAUGCGUCUCGAAUCAAUAGCCUAAUUACUCGUGCAAUAAGCUGCAAUUUGCAGGAGCUCUCUUUGUCCCUGUUCGACACUGCACAGCCAUAUGAGUUGCCUGCCUCUGUAUUUAGGUGUCAAACCCUUGUAGAGAUUCAGUUAAAGAUGUCCUGUACUCUCAAAUUUCCCUGUUCAAUCUGUCUUUCGAGCCUCACAAUCUUGUCUCUCGAGUCAGUGACAUUCAUGGAUGAUAAGUCAACCUCUGACCUGUUCUCUUGCCCAUCCCUUAAGGAGUUGCUUAUUAAGAAGUGCUACUGGAAGAAUCUAAAUUUGGUCAGCAUAUCUGCCCCUAAGCUCAAAAAAUUGAUUAUCUUAGAUGGUCCUGCGCGUGGGAGAGCUGUUUCAAAUGUUUGCCGAGUGCAAAUUAAAGGCGUUAAUCUCAAAUUGUUCGUUUACACCGGUCGCCUUCUGAAUGAGUACAGCUUUUUUGGCUCAUCCACAAAGCAUGCGAGGUUUUACUUCCACCACAUAGAUGAUGCAGGCUUAGAUCUUGUUGUGAAGCAUGAAUAUAACCUCUUGAAUGGCCUCUCAAAUGUGCACCGUCUUGCAUUUUCUGAUGGUUUUCUUAAGGAUCUCGCAUGCAAGGGCGAGCUGCUUGACAGACUCCCAACAUUCCCUAAUGUGACCAGAUUGAGUGUGCGCCGCGUUAUAUCCUUAAACUGCAGGGUGCUUCAAAUGAUCUUCGAGAAAUCCCCACACUUAGACAGGAUUAGCUUUAAGCGGGGACCGAGAAUGAAAAUAUCCGAGGUAUUGGAUGACUUGCAUUCAUGCUACCUGGCACGGCUCAAGACUAUAAGAAUCCAUACAUUUCACGCGAGUGUUGAAGAUUUCUUCAUUCUGGGGCUUUUGCUGAAGAAUUGUGUGGUUCUGAAACAAAUUUCUUUGCGUUUCACACAUGAUGAAAUGGAGAUUGAGGAUUUAGAGCGCUUACGGACCCUUCCCAGGAGUUCGAAGGGAUGUGGAGUAACUUUAUUCUUCUCGGACAAUAGGGUUAUGGAAUUAUGAUGAAUCACUCAUUCUAUUUUAAGGAGAUGCCUAUGUUAUGCCAGAGUAAUUCAUGAAUCACUCUUCAUCUGUGUGUGUGUGUGUGUGUAUUUAUCUAAGUGUAGAUUUUCCUUGAUAGGAUAUAUAGUUG